AUGGGAGGCAGCAGAAAAUCACGCAACUCCGCGGUCGCACCGAUCUUCCGGCAAAAGGCCGAGAAGGCCCAGGCGCCAUCGUUAGAGCACUCCCCAUCAGACUCCGACUCAGAAAUGAGCAGCCAGGCAGCCUCGGACCGGGCAGAGGCUCCACUAACCCGGCGGGACAUGAAGGGGUUCCUCGCUGACAUCCGGAAAUCGGUCGCGGAGGAGCUGGACAAGAAGCUGGGCCCGAUCAUGGAGGGAAUGGCGGACCUGUCAGCCCGCACACAAGCCACGGAAACCAAAAUGGCGGAGGCUAUGGAGACUGUGCAGGCGCAUGGCGGGGAGCUGCAGGCACUCCGUGAACAGCUGCGCUCCCUGGAAGAAUCUAACGAAGACCUCAACAAUAGAAGCAGAAGAAAUAACAUAAGGGUGAGAGGCAUACCGGAGACAGUUUCCACCGAGCUCCUGACUGACACCCUCACCGAAGCAUUCCGGAACCUCCUGCCUGAAGCCUCCAAUGCGGACCUGCUAAUGGAUCGCGCACACAGGGCGCUGAGGGCCCCUAGCAACAUCGCAAGCACCCCAAGAGAUGUGAUCGUGCGGCUACAUUUCUUCCAUGUAAAGGAGCGCAUCAUGAGAGCUGCCAGAGAGACCCCCAUAGAGGUGGAAGGCGUCCAGGUCCAGCUAUAUCAGGACCUGGCGCCGACCACCCUGAAAAGACGACGGGACCUGCGCCCCCUCACGCACCACCUCACCCAGCAAGGCCUCAGGUAUGCUUGGGGCCACCCAUUCAAGCUUAUUGUCCGCAGGGAGGGAAGGUUCCACGCCAUCUCACGCGCCGAGGAAGUCCCAGCCUUCCUGGAUCUCUUGGGCCUGCCACAACUCCCAGAACCUCUCCACCCGGCCUCAGCCCUCCCAGCACCAGCACCAGCACCAGCAACCAGCCGCAACUUACCGCAUAGCCGCAGGGACGGUCUGCAUAGUCAUGCAGAGCUGCAGAGGCCCGAUGCCGCACGCAACUAGGACCCAAGCCGCCGGCACAGCAGGAGCACCAACCGGACACCAGGACAUGUACCAUACACCUAUUUAGGCCACAGAACGACCCCGCACUACGCGCUUAUCUGCACAAGAGAGCCACCGGCAGUGAUCACCCUACGGACACAGGCACCGCCACAACGACAGAGACUGCACUCACUAUGCGCACUCCCAGCCCCCUGGAGCCCUACCGGCUAAAGACAAUCAGGCAUCAUGAUGGACAGAUCAUUUAUGGAUGGACACUGGACUCUGGGCCGCAAGUAUUACAGGGCAGACACACUUGA